GUUCCCCUCUCCCGCCGCCGCCGCCGCCGCCGCCGCCGCCUCAGAUUUGAUUUAGUCCUCAAUGGCGGCCUUCAACAAGCUCGGUGGCCUCUUGAGGCACAGUGCCUUGGCCGGCUCUUCUCCUGCCAUGUUCAAUGCUGCUCGCCUGAUGUCCACCAAGCUUUUCGUUGGUGGUCUUUCCUGGGGUACCAAUGAUGACUCUCUGAGAGACGCAUUUACUAGCUUUGGGGAUGUGACUGAAGCUCGGGUGAUCACUGACAGGGAAACUGGAAGGUCAAGAGGGUUUGGCUUUGUGAACUUUGUCAAUGGUGAUGAAGCCAAGAGCGCCAUGGAGGCCAUGGACGGGAAGGAACUUGGGGGGCGUAAUAUCCGCGUGAACUUCGCAAAUGAGAGACCUCCAGGGAACCGAGGUGGUGGUGGUUAUGGGGGCGGUGGUUAUGGCAACCAAGGAGGCUAUGGCGAUGGCAACCAAGGUUAUGGAGGGCAGUUCUAAAGAGCGUGCUGACUAUUGAAAACUUAAAUAAUGAGCUUUAGGACCUGAUAUGGCUUAUUAUGUGAAACAUCAUUAUGGAUUACUUUCGUACCGUUUAUUAUAAGUCGUCGUUCUUCUAGGUGGAAAUUUAUUGCUGCUAUAUCUGCCCUUUAUGCUUGUCGUUAAGGGCCCAUAUGCAGUAGUGUUUUUGUGAGUGAGAAUUAAGAACACAUGCAUUGUCUUCCAAUCUAUUGCAAUGUGUAGAGGGUGAUUGCUCGAGUUGCAUCAGCAAA